ACAUAAUCACUGCAAGCAAAUCCUCCUCCCUACAGUUAGCUGAAAUCCCCGUCACCCUUUACCUUGCCCAUCAAGUAAUAUAUAUAAAUAUAUAUAUUAUAUAGGAUUUUGUUACAUACAGGAUUACAUAUUUGCCUUUAUAUAGCACUGAGAAUGCUUUCUUUGGGAGUGAUCUCCAUAGCUCUGUAUGCUGUGCAAGUAAUCUCAUUUCCAUUAACAAACCCAAUGAAUGAAGAUGAUACUAAGAAGGUAAUGAGGUGCAUUGUGGAGGUGAUCUCCGAUACCCUGUCAAAGCCGAGCCCUAUCCCUAUCAGUCAGGAAUGCCUGGAGACUCUCAGAGGUGAUGAACGCAUUAUUUCCAUUCUUCGCCAUCAAAAUCUCUUGAAGGAGCUCCAGGAGCUUGCGGCACAAGGUGCCACUGAAAGGUCCCAGAAACCGAAAAAAAGCACCGGUUUUGAGGAUGAACUAUCAGAAGUCCUUGAGAAGCAGAAUAUGAAAUCCAUUCGCUCUGGAAAGUCUGAAGAAAUCCCUGCUGAGGAUCAUGAGAGGUCUUUUAACGGUAAAUCAGCAGAAAGUGCUAAUAGGCAACCUGAGGAAGCAGGGAAGACAAGUUCCGAACAAGAAUUCCCAGAAAACAGUCGAGAGGAUGACAAUGGUGAGGAACUGGAAAGUAAUGACAUCAGUAAACGAGAAGAGACCUCCAGGGAUGAAGAGAUAGACAAUCGCAUCACAGACGAGAUCAACAAAUUACCCACUGAGCCAGAAGUAUCAGAAGACACCAGUGAAUCUCAAAGUUCAGAAGAAAAAGAGGUUUCUAACAUAAAUGAGAAAAAUAUUGAGGCUUCUAAAGCAGAUGACUCAGAUAACGAUAAAUUAAAUGAAACAGAUGAUGAAGAGGAUGACACCCAACAAGAAGACAACUCCAUGAAGCUCUCUGAGGAUCAAGAUGAAGAUAAACAAGAACAUAUGCAGGAGGACGAAACCAGUAAAAAUGAUGAAGAUAAGGAGAAACUUGAAGCUGGCAACUCCCACCAGAGUCUACCCAAGAGCGAAGAAGAGACUUCAUCCAAAGAACUAGAAGAUUCUAAGAGGUGGAACAAAAUGGAUGAACUUGCUAAACAGUUGACAUCCAAGAAAUCUUUGGAGGAAAAUAGCAGUGAAGAAGAUCCAGAUCAAUCCAUGAAAAAUCCACUCAAGGACAACUAUGAAGCCACUAACCAUGGAAGUGUUGACAGACAACCAUGGCAGACAUCAACAGAGGACAGUGCACCCCAAAUUGCAAAGAGACCAGAGCCAGAAGAAAGAAAGGAGGAAGAAGGGAGUGCAAACAGGAAGACUGAGGAUCAGGAACUGGAAAGUCUUGCAGCUAUCGAAGCAGAACUGGAAAAAGUUGCGCACAAACUGCACGAACUGAGAAGAGGCUGAGCCAUAAAAUGCUGCAAAAGUCCUAAAGAAAUGUUACAAUUGCACCUUCCUUUCUCCACAUGUAACCUUAUUAUUACCAGAACAGUCUAUACUUCAAUGCAUUGCAGGAUAUUCUGCUAUAAUUGGGUUAAUUAUAGAAUUAAUUUAUCACUAAAAUGUAUCUGUUAUAUAGCAGACAAAUAAUGCAGAAAUAAGACUCGUUUGAUUUCAAUACACAGUGCUUGGCACCAACAUGUCAAAUCAUUUUUAGCAACAUCUGUGAAAAUACUGAAUCUAAAGUAUGUCUGAGAUUAUUGGGCAGGGAGUUAUUAUAUUUUCCUUUUUUUACUAUUUUGUUUUUAAAUUUAAAUGCUUUUUCAAUCUGUUUUCUUUAGAUUGACACAUCGCAAUAACUUGUUAUCUUUUGAUUAAAGCUGGGAAUUUGGGUUAUAUUCUAUAAAAAAAAUAAUUUACAGGGAAAAUAAAAGGCAAGAUUUUUCCCC